GACAACUUGCGAUCUGCCAGCUGAGAAAAUGUCAUCUGCAAAAUCGGUUCAAUUUAUAUUGGCUAUAUAUCUCAUGCUUAUCGAUCAGCCAGCAAGUCAGGCUUAUAGAAUGGGUCGCCUGGAGUUCGUAAUGGAGCACAUGGCAAGAAAUUUGGAAAGCCCGCGGCAUAACAUCCGCGUAAAGGAAAGCAAGCAGAUAUUAAAAGAAUUUUCAAAUUUUGGUGCAGCUGUAAGCAAAGCGUCCAACGACAACAGGCGGGAGAUACAUGUGGCUAAUGGACAGACCUAUUCCAUGUACUUUGAUUUCACACGGAAAAAUGAAAACAAGAAGUACAAUUUUCAAUUCAACAAUUAAAAAGCUCCAAAAAAAUCAGUCAAACGAUGAAAAAGAAACAACACAAGCCUAAGUAAAGUAAGUAACAAACAUUUACAGUGGAAACUCUUAAAAUUAAAUCCACACUAAACUAAUAAAAUAGUAAAACAAA